AUGUCGUGGGAAGCCAUUGCCAAAGAAUCGCAGACUAGUGUCCUGCACUCUAUCCCGGCCCGCUGGCAUUUAGAUACUGGGAAGUAUAGGUCGCUCAAGGAUAUUACCCAUGUACCACGCAUCUGUGGAUUAUUGACCGAAGGACAGCUCGAGAUAACAGAGCUGGGGGCCACUCAGCUUGUACAACGGCUUGGAUCGCGCCAGCUAACUGCCGUACAAGUCCUGGAAGCCUUUGCCGGACGCGCAGCGAUCACCCAUCAAUUGAUCAACUGUCUGGCUGACUUCUUCUACGAAGAAGGUCUCGAGCAGGCGAAAGCGCUUGAUGAUGCUCUUGACCGAGGUGAACUUCUGAAAGGUCCUUUACAUGGACUUCCUAUUGCUCUCAAGGAUAUCCAUGGCACAAAAGGUCAUGCUACAACCAUGGCAUGGGUCUCUCUUAAAGACAACAUCGCCCAGCAAGACUCAAACGUCGUGGCGGCUUUACGCAACGCCGGCGCCAUAUUCUUCUGCAAGACUACAAUGCCCCAGUCAGCGAUGGCUAUAGAGACUGUCAGUAACCUGUGGGGACGCACUUUAAACCCAACAAAUACAGACCUAAACGCCGGAGGGAGUUCAGGAGGCGAUGCAGUUCUCGUAGCCAUGAGAGGAACUCCCUUCACCCCAUCAACCGACUUGGGAGGAUCCAUCCGUGUUCCCGCUGCGUUCAACGGUCUUUACGCGCUCAAGCCAACGGCUGCGAGAAUUCCAAAGGGCGGCAUGCCAGACCUUGGACAGAGCCUGGUACAGGUAUCUUUUGGACCAAUUUGCCAUUCUAUCGAGGACAUGGAGUUACUCACCAAGGUCAUUAAUGCGUACCCGUUCAACAGAUAUGACGUGACUUGCACGCCGGUCCCUUGGAUAAUGCCAGAGCCGGUGCAGGAAAGUAUGAGAUUUGGUCUCAUGAAGUGGGAUGGAGUUGUGAUGCCUCACACACCUAUUCUUCGGGGUCUGGGGCAUACUAAAAAGGUGCUCGAGAAAGCUGGCCAUGAGGUCGUGGACUUUGAGCCACCCUUUGAUUGCUGGCAAGCGUUGAAGACUACAUUCAAUAUUUACUAUCAGGGAGGAUCUGAGCAGACCCUUGCUGCUCUUGCUCUCUCGGGCGAGCCGACCAUCCCAGCUUUCGCUGAUUUACUCAGGACCUUUAAUGUUCGACAACUCCCAGCGUCGGAGAUACUUCAGUUAAGCAGAAAGGUGCGAGAGUACAAAGAAGCGUUCCUAGCCGCCUGGAAUAACACCACCAAGAACGGCAAAGCUACCGAUGCAUUGAUUUGUCCUCCAGCACCUGCUAUUGGAUACCCCCACGACUUCAACGCUUAUUGGGGCUACACUGCAUUGUUCAAUCUUGUUGACUAUCCUUCUGCAAUUCUGCCCAUCCAAGGAUUCCAGAUCAGUACCGAGCAAGAUGGGGUUGAUGCUGACUACCAUCCGCUCGGCAGUAACCCUUAUGAUAAGCCAAACUAUGAGAUAUAUGAUCCGAGUGUAUUCGCAAGCCAGAGGGCGACCAUACAGAUUGUGGGACGUCCAUUCGAAGACGAGAAGCUAUUGCAGGUUGCUGCGGUUAUUGAUAAGCUUCUCCAUGUCUCCUAG